UCUCUCUCCGCGCCGCCGCGAAUAAAACUCAACCCGCCCCCCAAAAUUUCGGCGAUUUCUUUCUUCCUUCCUAUCUCACGGCGUCGCUUAAUUCCUGGAGCUUUUUUUUCUUUCCUCUUCCUCCUUCCUCCGCGGAAGCCGGGGAAAACAAAAACAGCCCAGGAAAAUCCCCCCUUCUCCCCCAAAUCUCAGUAACCCUAGAAAAAAAUUCUUUGAUUGGAUUCCGAUUCGUUGAUUCUUCGUCCUAAUUCCGCACCCAAUUUUGACCUCCACCUCCGAUUCAACCCCAACGUCUCCGAUUCACUGAUUCGGUCGUCGGGAAUGUCUCAUACUUCUUUGUAAGCUUUCUCGAGCUCACCCCGUUAGUUAGCGAGCGCGCUAUUCAUCACUUGUUCGUCUUCCUAUUCCAAUUCUUAGUCAUGGCUAUCCGGGUUACUUUCUCCUUCUCGGGCUAUGUCGCCCAAAACCUCGCCUCCUCCGCCGGUGCUCGCGCUGGGAGCUGCCGGACUUCCGUCACGGAGUGCUGGGUCCGAUCUCGGAUCUUCGGUUCCCCGUCGAACCAGAGCGUCGAUUCCGACCAGAAGUCCCGCCGCAGUUUCCAGCCGAGUCACCGGUCCUACAGCUCCUUGGUCGCCGAGGCGCUGGGAGAUAGCGCCUACUGUCCUAUCGCCGCCGGAUUGAUCUCGCUGGUGAAGUUAACGGCUGGCCUAUCUUCUUCUUCUUCCACAUCCUUGUCGCUCUUCAAUAUUUCUCCGGUGAAACCCGCCUCGAUCCUCCCGUUUUUGCAAGGAUCGCGUUGGCUUCCCUGCAACGAGCCCCACAUUUCACCCAAGAGCCGUGAGGUGGAUAAAGGAGGAACGGUGCAAUGCGUGGAGAAUAAUACCACUAAGACUUGUGUGAGCGUGGAGAUUAGCGGUAAGGAUUUUGACAAGGUUGGUAGCUGGUUGUCGCGGUUGUCGGAAGAUGCCAAGGCGGCGUUUACUGCUGCCACGGUCAGUCUGCUGUUCCGGUCAACUCUGGCUGAGCCUAGAUCGAUCCCCUCCACUUCUAUGUAUCCCACUCUGGAUGUGGGCGACCGUGUUUUAGCAGAGAAGGUUUCAUAUUUCUUCAGGAAGCCUGAAGUUUCAGAUAUAGUGAUAUUCAAGGCACCUCCAAUCUUGCAGGAAAUUGGUUAUAGUUCAGGCGAUGUGUUCAUCAAGAGAAUUGUGGCCAAGGCUGGUGACAUUGUUGAAGUUCGUGAGGGGAAAUUGUAUGUCAAUGGUGUUGCAAAAGAUGAAGAGUUUGUCACGGAGCCACUUGAUUAUGAGAUGGAACCCAUGCUCGUGCCAGAAGGUUACGUCUUUGUGUUGGGGGACAACCGGAACAACAGCUUUGAUUCCCACAACUGGGGUCCACUGCCUGUCCAGAACAUUGUGGGUAGAUCUGUGUUUCGUUACUGGCCUCCAUCCAAGGUCACUAACAUGCUGUAUGGUCCCCAAGCUGGGAAGAGUACCGAACAGCAAUGCCUUGUUGGCAAUGCUUGCGCUGCAAAUUCUUGAAGCAGCUGUUCCUCUAGGCAUCAAGAGAAGUGGAUAUCUCGAAUAACUUCAAUGAAAGUUUUCCCUUCUGCUUGGGAAGCUGCGAAUGAUGUGUCAAACAAACACACUUGGCUCAAAAGUGAGCCAUAUUAUUUCACCCGCUUGCUCUCAGCCUGCUGCUUAUUUCUAUGGGUAUUUUUUUUUUCAGUUUAUAACUUUGUAUCCAUGCCCUUGUCGACCUGAGCUUUGGCCGGCGGUGCAUAUGUCUUCCUAUUGAUGGUUUCCAAAAUGGUACAACAACAAACGAGUUGUUGGGAACAAUGUAAGGGCAAGCUGUAUCUAUGAUCAUUCAUUUGAUGUUUAUCACCCUGUGCCGGUGUUGUGGAAAGGGCUAGCUGUGAAUACAACCUGCAAGUGCUGAGGAGGAGACAGUCUAGACUCUAGACCCUCAUGGCAAACCCUGAACUCUUGUUUAGGUGCAAUGGAAUUUGUAAGGAGUUCUAAGAUGGUGGGAAGAGUUUGGGUAGAAAGAACGAAGAGGAGGAAGAUGGAGAGGAGUUUGUGAAAUGGAUUGUGAUGCUGCAUCAUGAUGCUCAUGAAUAUGUUUGAUUUGCAGGUGUUGCGAUUACAGGCUUGCUUCUCAGGACACCACAGGAAAUGAAUGUAUCAAUGCUCUCGUUUCCUUGUCAGUUUGUUUACUUCUAGCAUAUGUUGUGUUUGGAAUUUCUUACUCCCCAAUUGUUUCGAUCUCGAGUGUUAAGGAUUCGAUUCUGUGAGUACAGAUGAAUGAGAGAUUAAGUACAUAAGGAAGUCAUGUUCCCGUUCGAGCGAUGUGCUAAAUGCAAGUUUAUGUUGUUUAAUUGCCUC